UCUGACCCAUUUGGUGCCCACAGAGUCCUUGUCCCUCUGCUCAGACAUGGCAGGGAAACUUGUGGUGGUUGGCCUGCUGUUGCUGCUGCUGCUGCUCGGAUCCGACGCAGCCUCCUCGCCUGCGGCAGCACAGGCGACAGGAACAAACAUCCUGCAGAAACUUCUGGCCCAGAAGGAGAAGCUCAAGCCGGAGGUUCGAGAGGAGAGACGAGCACAUCUGUCUGAGGACGAGCGAGAGCUGAUGACCAAACAGAUCGUGAGAGCCAUUUCAGAGGUGAUGAACUCGGACUGCGCGUCCGACCGGGACUACCAGGGCUGGGUGGACUUCGGACGCCGGGACGCAGAAUGAGGAGCAGCUUCAACCAAAACAAACAACAAAAACC